UAGAAGAAGAACAUGACCUAUUUCAAUAGCAUGAAAUAUGUCUUCUUUAAAGUAUAUAUUUGUCACAAAUGCAUAAAAAAUAGGAACACACUCUCUAGAUAUCUAAGCCUAUAGAUAUUUAAAGGUAUUUUGUAUUAUAACUUUGUAUUUGCAUUAUAAUUUGUUCUUUUUGACCGAUUGGUGGCGAUAGAGCCCCGCUGACCACACUAAAAAAUAAACCGUAGAAGAAGAAUGCGACGCUCUCAUUGGACAAAAAUGCUCGCAGUCGGAAGUUGCGUCCCAUCACAACGUUUACAGGCUUUUGGUGGGAAAAUGAGUGCACCUUCGCACACGUUUAACUUAAAAUUUCAAACAUUAAUAUACAUUUUCUGGCGUUUACUGUAACGACACAGUAGCGGGUAACGGUCACGUACGUAGCAGUGCGACGUAUUGACGCACAGCAGCCCUUUAGCAGUGCUAAAAUCAUCAGGCUAAUCAGGAAAAGUUCACUCUGCCUAUUGUUUGCUAGCAUGCUAUCACGUUAGUCAACGGUUUGUCUGGAGCUCACUAGCAACCAAGUCAAUUUUCUGGACUUUAGCGAGUUUAUACUACUGACACUUGAAAGGAAACUUGCUGUGUGUAAUUAGCCGGUUACGAUAUUGCUCCGGUGGGUUUAUGACUUAACGCGUCAGCAACAUGCCAGAAAUCCAACUGAAACACGUCGUAUCCUGCAGCACCGAGGACACUACACACAAGGCAGACAACCUGCUGAGCUCUGACACCUACAGGAAGUGGAAAGCAGCAAGACCCGGAGAGAAGCAGACAUCCGUCAUUCUGCAGUUUGAGAAAGAAGAGCAGGUGCACAGCAUUGAUAUUGGAAAUGAGGGGUCGGCUUUCGUCGAGGUGCUGGUGGGCAAUUCUUCAGCUGUCAGAGACCAGGACUAUGUGGUGCUUCUGGUCACCUCUUCCUUCAUGUCCCCCACGGAGAGCCGUAAUGGCACCAACAUGAACCGGGUCCGUUUCUUUGGGCCCAACCAGCUACAGAAGAGCACGGCUCAGGAGAAGUGGGACAGAGUGAAAAUUGUGUGUAGCCAACCAUACAGCAAGAACAUAGCGUAUGGGCUUGCCUUUGUGAAGUUCCACUCACCACCGGACAAAAAUGAUCCUCUGAUUUCCUCCCCUAAACUGACAAAGCUGGGACAGUUCAGGGUGAAGGAUGAGUCUCCUUCAUCUGGGUCCAGCCUUCAACCUGGCAGCCUCUUCUUUAAUCGGGACAAUGCAGCAAAGUCAAGUACUCCACUCAAAGCAUCUCCUCAGAGUGAGAAGUUGAGCUACGCUGCUGCUGCCCUGCAAGCAGGUGGCAGCUCCCACUCAGCAGGCCAAGCUUCCUCCUCUAAUUCUGCCUCACCACAGCCACCUGCAAAAAGAAAAUUUGAGUUCAGCAAAGAGCGGCAGUCCGCCCUCGGCCCUCCCCCCUCGAAGAAAAUGAGCCCACCGGAGGGAAAAGCUGCGACUCCCAAGGCCAAGCCGAGCCCGGUCAGCACCCCCAGCCCAAGCACUGCCAAAGCGUCACCAGCACAGAAAUCCUCUGAGAAGAAGCGGGAAUCCAAACCCGAACCUAAACCCAAACAGCCGGCAAAGUCCCAGAGCGAGCAGCAGGUGCCGUUCAAGCGGAUCUUGGAGGGGGUGGUGUUUGUCCUCAGCGGCUUCCAGAACCCCUUCAGAGGGGAGAUAAGGGAAAAAGCUCUGGAGAUGGGAGCCAAGUACCGGCCCGACUGGACACCUGACUCCACACAUCUUAUCUGUGCCUUCGCAAACACCCCCAAGUACAGCCAGGUGAAGUCAGCAGGUGGCAUCAUCGUACGCAAGGAAUGGGUGAUGGACUGCCACAAGAGGAAACAGAAGAUCUCCUAUAAACGGUAUUUGAUGGAUGGAGCAGAGUCGAGCUCCGAAAGCGAAAUGGAUGCGGACCACGAGAGUGAAGAGGAAAUGAACACAAAGACUCCACAGAAACAGGAACGACAAGUCACCCCUAAAAAGACGCCACAAAAGAGGGAUGACGAUGACGAGUAUGCUGGCUCCACUGACAUGGAUGAACCGGGAGGAGAUGAUGAUGAAUCUGCAGUGGACACAGAGGACGAGCUGCAGAGGGUGGAAAAGGAGAGCAGACAGAAGAAAGCGCCGGCAAAAAGAACACCGGUGAAAGACGAGGAUCCAUACGGGGGAUCGACAGAUGAAAACACAGACGCUGAGGCUGAAGAGGAUCAUCCCAUCCCUGAGCUACCCGACUUCCUCAGCGGAAAGCGAUUCUUCCUCUACGGUAAAUUCCCCAACAACGAGAGGCGACUGCUGCUGCGGUACAUCGUCGCGUUUAAUGGAGCCAUUGAGGACUACAUGACGGAGAAGGUGCAGUUUGUGGUGACGAGUGAAGGGUGGCACGACUCCUUUGAAGAUGCGCUGAUGGAGAACAGCAAUCUGAACUUUGUCAAACCCACGUGGAUUUACGCGAUCAAUGAGCGACAGAAGAUGCUGCCCUACCAGCCGUACUCCGUCGUCCCCUGAACAACGGAGUGCAAAAAACCCGCAGUCACACUUCUGAUGGAGACGCAACGGGGAAAGCCAUAGACACCGUUUUUCUUUCUCUCUUUUUCACUUCAGUUAGUUGAAGCAAUAAACCAAUUCUUGUUCAUUAAUGCCUUUACAUUGACUUUAUACUUCAUAAAAAAUAUGUUCAGUGCUUUUAGAUUUUGGUCCAACUGGGGAAAAAUGUCUCUUUAAUAGUGUCUCUUGAGGUUAAUGUUAGGAUUAGGUAUUGAUUUGUUUUAAGCUUUUUUUGCUCUGGAGGGUUGUUAGUCUUUGGCCAGAAAACAACACCACCAUCAUCAUCAUCAUCUUCGUGCUGCUCAGCCACUUGGGGGGGUUUUGAACGAAGCACACUUUGUCUGAUGGAGGAUUUGUUUGUGUUUCUUAGCUCCAGUUUGCUGCUGCUCACCUCGGCUACCUCAGGUUCUGUCUGGAAAUGAGUUAUCACUCUGUCCCGACUGCCAGCGGCACUGAUAAGACUCUGACUCUGUGUAAGCAAGUAGACUAUUAAGAGAUCAGCCGAAAAUCAGAUGAAGGUGGCGGUUGCUGAAGGCUACAGCCCUGAAUUGCAAAUGAAAAUUGAACUACAUUCUGGAAAUGAAAAUGAACACUGAGGGAUUGUGUUUGGGUUUUUAUUUUUUAUUUUAUUUUGUUACAUGCUGCUUGUGGUAAAGUGACGAUUUUUCUGUGUUGUUAAAAACUGAUAAAUAUGAGUUUCUAAUAUGGUUUUAUUCAUGUUUGUGGAAGGAAUAUUGAACUGGCUCGAAGGAUAUGGAGAUGUAAAACAGCGGUCAUCAUUUCUGAGAUUUCUGAAAUUGGGGCUUAUGGUCUGCUGUAGGUGCUCACUUGUCCAAAGCAGCUUGUUAAGUUCUCUAUCCUGAACUUUUUUUCUUAUCGGACUUAAUUAUUUUGUCUAAAUAAUAAAAGGUUUUUAAUUAAAAA